AUGCCACCAAGAAGGAGAUUUGACAAAAAGUCUGCAAAGACUUUCUCUAUUGUUCAUAGAGCCCACGACGAUGCCUUAUAUUACGAUAAUGAGGCUUCGGAACAUGUGCUUGUUCCAGCACCAGGACAAGAAAAGAAACAUAGCAGGAUGGAUGCUAGCAAUAAGAAGAAGGUUUAUUCAACUUCUGAUUUAGAAAAGAACUUGACUCCAGAAGAAAUCGAGAAAAUAAGAGGAAAUGAAGGUUUAGCAGCACAAUUUGGAAUUUACUUUGAUGAUUCGAAAUAUGAUUAUAUGCAACAUUUAAAACCAAUAGGAGUAACAGGAGAUGGUGUUUUCCUUGAGCGUAAAAGUGACGAAAAGGAGAAAAAGAAGCCAACAAAUAUUGAGGAUUUGUUUAAAGACCAAUUACCUUCUGAACAGAAAGUGAAAAUUACACAUGAUACAUUUGAAAAUAUUCCACUGGAUUUGAGGGGAUUUAAACCAGACAUGGACCCUCGUUUAAGGGAAAUAUUAGAGGCUUUGGAAGAUGAAGCAUAUAUUGAGUCAGGUCAACAAGACGCGGAAGAUGAGGACAUUUUUGCUAGUUUGAUAAACUCUGGGCAAGUAGAAGAUGAAGACGAAUUCUAUUACGGCUCCGAUGCGGACCAAUUUUAUGAGGAUGAAGAUUAUGAUGAAUGGGAUCUUGAUAACUAUAAUGAAGAAUAUGAUGCUAAGUAUGCGUCAGAUGAAUUGGAAGAACAAGAUAUGCCAUAUAAUAAAGGUGAAGCUCCAGAAGAUUCAGUGGAGGAAAAACCACCUACCUUUUUGAAUACAAACUGGGAAAAGGAUUUCAAGAAAUUCAAGAUAGACAGUAAGAACAAAGCUAACGAUUGGGAUUCUGAUGAUGAUUUUGAGGACGAGGAUGAAGACGUAGUUCCAGAAUUGCCGUCAUUUAAUGGUAACAAUCUGUCAAAUAAAAAGUUAUCCAAAACUAAAUUGAGAAAGAAGAAAGGUGCUAUGACUGAUACAUCAUCCUUUUCAAUGUCGUCAUCAGCUUUGUUUCGUACUGAUGGCUUGACUUUAUUGGAUGAUCGUUACGAGCAGUUGACUAAGAAAUUCGAAGAUGAGGAAGACGAAGAUUAUCAAGAAUUUGAUAUGGAUAAAGAGAGAGGUGAUUUGGAAGGCAUGCUCGAUGAUUUUUUGAAUAAUUAUGAAUUAGAAAGCGGUGGAAGAAAGUUAGUCAAGAAGGACCAAGAGAGACAAAAAUUACAAGAAGCUGCUGACUCUGUUUCCAAGGGUAAGCUCGCUGCAAGGAGGAAGAAAGAAAAGCAAGCCCAAAAGGAUCCUUUAGGGACCUUAGGCGGUUCUUUCGGAAAUUUAAAGAUAUGA